CCUUCGCUGCUGGGCGGUGCUGGUGCGGCCGUGGUGGGCAGGGAAAGGCCGGGACCAGGCUCGUGGGCUUCGCUUCUGCGUGCCAGACCCGCGGGACGGUGCGGGAGAACAUGGAUUCACAGAAGGAUGUUCAGCCUCCAAAGCAGCAGCCAAUGAUUUACAUUUGUGGAGAAUGUCAUACAGAAAAUGAAAUAAAGGCAAGAGAUCCUAUCAGGUGCAGAGAAUGUGGCUACAGAAUAAUGUACAAGAAAAGGACAAAAAGAUUGGUCGUUUUUGAUGCUCGAUGAUGUCUGCUGAAGAUAGUGACUUCAUGAUACAAUCUUUCUGAUAACUUUGUUCUGUAAAACUGUGUGUAAAUGCACGCUCUUAUUUGUGUUUUAAGAGAUUGAAAUAUUAAAGUUCAUUGUAAAACUAAA